AUGGGGAACGACGUCUUCCACAUGGUAGACUUCGAGUGGUGGAACCAACUCCAAUCCAUCAAGGUGUCGAUUUACCAUGGCGUCACUUUAAAGGUGCUCAGCACCUUUGAAGUUGAACGGAGUCCAGUAGGAUUCUCUCAGUCCAGGAUCGAGGCACUACAAGCUGAGAUCCAACAGCUUAGGACAGGCCAACAGGCGAUCGUUGCAUCCCAGGAACUGAUCAAGGCCAACCUCAUCCAUACCCUGGACAUUUUGAGCCAGCUGGUCCCCCCUCCGCUGGUGUUUCUUUGUGAUUGGUGGCUGCAUGCAAAGGUCACAUUUGUCAUCGCUUGGCUUAUUGUGGUUCAGGAUGGGACUCAUUAUGGUGCAAUGUUCAUGUUUCCUCUCUUUCUUUCUCUCUUCAUCCUUCAUGCAAGUGUAAAGGUCUUUGGAUCACCAACUUCAACUGAGGUUGCUAGGGUUUUAGCUUGCCUCUUUGAGAAGGAUGUGGACUUCCAACUCAUUCGCUUUGAUAGUUUCAAGGGCAUGUCGAGGAAACCAGAUUAUCUCAGGCUACAACCAGCAGGUCAAGCUCUCACUUUCGAACAUGGUAGUAGAACUCUCGUUGAAUCAAGAGAGAUAUGCAGAUAUAUAGCAGAGAAAUUCGCAGACCAAGGGAACAAAGAUCUUCUCAGAAAAGGAACACUAGAGAGGGCAUUUAUAGAACAAUGGCUACAAACAGAGAUGCAGAGUUUCGAUCCACCGACAUCGGCAUUACUGUUUAACUUGGCAUUUGCUCCAAUAUUGGACCUCGAACCAGACCAAGAGGUUAUCACCAAGAGCAAAGCAAAACUAGCCAAUUUGCUGGAUGUUUAUGAGCAAAGGCUCGAGGAAACAAACUAUCUUGUUGGAGACAAGUUCACUCUUGCUGAUCUUUCUCACCUUCCAAACACACAUUAUCUCAUUGCUGACAUGAGAUGUGGGCAUCUUUUAAGGUCGAAGAAGAGGGUGAGCAAUUGGUGGGACAAGAUGUCAGAGAGGCCGUCGUGGAAGAAGGUGCUGGAGCUGCAGCAGCAGCCACCUCCAGUGCUCUAA